GAUGUAAACAAAGCUUAUUAAAAUUGUAAUAUAUUUCGUUUAUUAACUUUUAAACAGGGUUAUUAACAAUUAAUUCAUGUCCUGUCUCUUGAAGGUCUAUGUGGUGUUGAUAAGUACAGCCGAUUACUAACCUUUUGUUAAAGUUUAAUUUAUUUAUCCAAUCUGUGGUUUGGCCUGGCUGAUUGUGUUUGACAUUUUAUUAUGGAAGAGGAACAGUGUGAUUUAGAUGCCUUAGCAGCUAUUCUUGAUGAUGAUUCCAAUGACUUUGUUGAUGCAGAAGUAUCACAAACUGAUACGACACGAUCACAGUCUGAAACUAGAAGAGACAUGUGUGCCGUUAAUGGUGAAAUGCCAAGUGGUAAUAAAUUAAACAAUGGUAAAGUGGAAGAAUCAGAUGAACAAUGUGACCAUGACACUUUGACAUCAUUUUUGGAACAGAAUUCGAGUGAUGAUGAAGAUUUAGAACCAAGUAUACCUGUUGUUUCUGAGAAAACAUCGAAAGUGGAAACUGGAGACCUUUCUCAACAUGAUAUUGAAGCUUUUUUAAAUGAACCUGAAUCAGAAAGUGAAAGUGAAGAAGAUAUGAAAGAAGAAAUAAAAGCAGAUGUUAAAUCAACAAAUAUUAAUAAUAGUAAAGAUAGCGAUACAGAGAAAAAUAACCAAAAUUUACAAGCCGAACUGUUGAUGAUGCAAAAAAGAAUGAAAGAAUUAGAAGAUAAAUUAAAGGCCAGUCAAACAAAAGAACAGGAACCUGAUAUUAAUCAUUUCUUUGGUGAGGAUAAAGAGAAACCAGCAAAAAGUAGGAAGACUAAAUCACCCCCGAUUGCAAAACCACCAGUCCCUGUACAUGUUACACCAAUAGAAAGAAAAGAAAUGGAGAAAAAUAUUUUUGGUGAUAGUGAUGACAGUGAUUGGGAUGAAUUGGAUGGAGAGAAGUCGAGGUUAAGUAAAGAAGGACAGGAGUUAAAGAAGUUGGUUAUAUCUGGUGAAAGAAAGAGAGAAGCACAUCAACCUUUUUCUGGUUAUUCUGAUUAUACAUCUACAAAAACAUGGAAAUCUAAAUCUCCUACCACACAAACCAUGAAGUCACCACCAUCACAAAAACCAACUGUUCCUUCCAACAACAGGAUAUCUACAACUAAGUCAACCACACCAGUAAAUCCAAAAGAUGAUGGAAAAUUUAUCAUGGAGAAAAAUUCAGGCAUCAGAAUAAUUAAUCCUCUGACAUCAUCAACAGUAUUAGAAAUGAAGAUGGAAGGAAGAAAAUUUAUAAAAAUAUCAAAAAUACACCAGAAAGUUAAAACAGGUGAACUGCAAGGUGAUUGGGUGACAUUUGGUGUGGUUGUUCAUAAAACAGAUCCUAAAACAGCCUCAUCUGGUAAAACAUUUUGUAUUUGGAAAUUAAAUGAUUUGGAUGACUGUGACAGAACUGUUAGUUUUUUCCUGUUCGGACAAGUUUAUAAAGAUCAUUGGAAAAAUUCUGUUGGAUCUGUGAUUGGAUUGCUAAAUCCAAACAUGAUGGACGCAGCAGAUAAGGCUCCUGCAGAAGUGGCUUUUACAAUAACCCAUCCUAAUCAAUUGUUAUUAAUGGGACAGUCUAAAGAUUUAGCUUGGUGUAUGGGGAAAACUAAGAAAGGAAACAAGUGUACAAAUUUUAUCAAUAAUAAAUUUGGUGGUUUCUGUUCCUUUCAUGUACAGUCAGCUUAUAAAAGUGCUUCAUCAAAACGUUCCGAGUUCCAGGGCAGCAUGACAGGUGUGACACCUAAAUCAUUUGAGAAGAAAAUUUUUCCUAAAGGUUCACAUUAUAUGUAUGGUGGAAAAACAUUCUCUUCUAUGGAAUUGAAAUCAACCGCUAAGAAAAAACAAGAUCAACUCACUGUUAGGAAACUUAUGACACAACAAACAAAGUCAGGAAAACAGAAAGUGACGACCAUGUCCAUUCACGAACUAAAACCUCAAGAAAAAGAUCAUAUAGAACAACAUCUUGUGUCAUCAACAGAACAAUCAUUUAUGGAAUUGGUAACCACACCAUCAGCAGGUUCAAUGAAUCUGGUGAAACAUUUAGUUAAAACGGAAAUUAAAGAAGCUGAAGAGAAACAGAAUGCACCAGUGCAAUCAAUCACACCAAAAGAAUUAUUACAGCAGCAUCGGAAAAAAAUGUUGGCGAAAAAAACUGAAAGAUUAGCAUCUUUAAAUAAACCCAGUCCCCCGACUGACCCAUUAAGUGCUACACCUACCCUUGGUCGUGGAUUUUAUCCAGGACAACAUGUGUUCUUAGAUACCAGUAAAAAAACUUCAUCAAAUUCCAGUAUAGACAAAGCAAAGCUAUUAGCCAUAGCUAAAGUCAGUUCUAAAGGUGGAUGUAAGAAAGAGAAUCCCAAUGCUGUUAAAAAAGUCUCUCCAGUACAUAAUCGAGUUAAAAAACGAGUCUUAGAAAAUAUUGAGAGUAAUGAUGUUGGAGCUAGUACAGAUACAGAACCACCAAAGAAACGAUCAAAAUUAUUAGGAAAUGUUGAUAUCAAUUCACCAGAAGUUCAAAAAUUAUUAAAAGCCAAGUCAUCUCAUAUGGGGGCAUAUAAAGAGGCUGAAGCCGAAAGAGAGGAAAAAUAUUUUGAUUUAUUAGAGAAAAAAGAAACUAUGGAAGAAAAGAUGAAAUCUAUAACAGAAAUGGCUUGUACUGUUUUUACAUGUAAACAAUGUAAAUAUUCAGCCUUAUCCUUAGCUCGUAAAUGUAAAGAAGAAAGACAUGCUGUCACAUCAACAAAAGCUAAGAAAAGAUUUUUUGAAUGUAAGAAAUGUAAACAGAGAACAGUAGAUUUCCAUAAGUUUCCGACUAAACCCUGUGGGAGUUGUGGUGAAUAUUGUUUUGAAAGAACUUCUAUGUACAAGGAGAAGGCCGGACCUAAAUUAGACUCUGAGAAAUUGUGUAUUCGAGGAGAUGAAAUUAAAAAUUUAAACAGUUUGAAUGAAAAAGUUUAUUUAUAGUGGUGUACUAUAUUGUCAUUUAUGCAGUAUACAGAGGAUAAUGAAACUAAACAUAGUCUUCCAUUGCACUUAUAAGAUUCGUAAAUAUGUACAAUUGUGAAGUUCUGGAUAAUAUUUUUGAGCACAUGUUUAGGCUAUAACUGUUUUGAAAUCAUUCAGAAAAAAAUAUAUACAACCUUUAUGAAAAGUGUACAGAUUUGUUGGCAUUUUCUCAGUUUUGAAAUUAUUGAGAAAUUUUAGAUCCAAAUCUUAUAUUUCAAUAUUUGGGAUCCACAGUGGAUCGAUGAGUAAGACAAUGGUUUACUAACCAGGAGGUCCCAGGUUCGAUCAGUUUGUUUUCAGAGACAGUUAUCCGGGAUUUUCCAGCAUGGUGUAGGAAGAAGGGCCUGGCCAGGAACAGUGUCUAGUAAUUCCAGUGGAAAGAAAAAACGAGUUCUUGUCUAUGUGUUGGUGUGCAAAUGAAAGAACAGUUGGAAUUCAACAAAGCGUAAUUGUAAAAACUGCCGUCUAAGCGUAAUUUCAUUGGUAGUACACUGCAUGGCUUAUUAUAUGCCUGUCUUCCUUUUCCCAUUUUUAAUAUACUCUUCAAAAAAAGUAGGGGAUAUUGAAAUGCAAAUACCUAUGCAGGUUGUGAUAUGAUAAAUAGUCAUGGACACUUGACAUGCUUUGAGAGUAUGUUCACAGAUGAAGAACUUAUCGCCCCAAAAGAAACCACUUAGCUGCAUGUGCGACAUGCAAUAGCACCAUACACAUGGGAGAGGUUCAUUGUCAAAUUUGACACUUCAAGGAAGGGUUGAUGAAAAUUGCCGCUUGCUGGUUUAUCCUAUCCAUGUUUGAUUUCCCAUCGGUUCUUGCAUAAGAUUUACUGUUUAGCGUAUCUUUGCUUUAAUUUGAUCGGGAGACGUGUUCGUCGACGUCAAUGUCAACCGACAACAUUGCAAGAAUUGGCCGUGGCACUGCAAGAGAAGUGGGUCAGAUUGCACCAAAUCAUGAUUGGACAGUUUAUUAGGAGCAUGCCACGACGAAUUGCUGAAUGCCUGAGGGUUGGUGGAGCAAUUACUCAUUAUUAAGACAAAAAUCAAAAACGUCCAUUUUUACUUUUGACAGUGUAGCUCUUUGCAGUGAAAUGGGGCCGUCAGAUAAGUCGCCCAUAUGAACUGUUUAUGUUCAUGUGUAGGCAAUUGGCCUGUUAUUAACAUACACUGGUAACCUCUAAUAAAAACAGCAGUGCAUUUCCGCAGUUUUGUAUUGUUUCUGAAUAUCCCCUACUUUUUUUUUGAAGAGUAUAAUAACAUAAAAUAUAUUUAAAAUUGACUUCCUCUUUGAUUUUCCUCAGAAAAUUAAUGAAUUUAUUAGAUUAUAUACUUGUUUUGUGUAGAUGAAAGAUAAUGAGUUGUGAGUUCUCCCAGUAACCUAAAAAUAAACAAAAAAAUUAAUAAACGAAAUUAAAAACAAAUAUUUAAUCAUGAGCUUGUCGGAUCACUAAUCAAGACAAACCUCAGAUCAAUUCAAUAAUGUAUUUUGACCUAAAACAAAGAUGUUAGAUGCUUUAAUUGUAAGAACAAAUCAUUUUUUACAAUAAUAAAAUUGUUACUUAUCAAUACCUUUUAUUGUAGAAAUUUUGAAAUUGUUCCUCAAUAAAUAAAAGAAAGAAUAAAAAAAAUCAGAGAACUAAUAAAAAUGAUUGCUGAACUGAUACUGAUAUAAAUAAUUUAAAUUGUAGAUUUAUUAAAUUUUUAAUUGUAAAAUAUGAAAGUAUUAAAUAUAUAUGUAAAUCAUUUGU